AUGACUAGUCAGCCCAGUGUUCCUCCACCACCGCCACCAGAGCCAGCGAAGAGACAGCCCUUUCAGAAACCGGAUUUCCAGCUGCCAGAGGCCAGGAGGUCUGAAGAUGAAAGUAAGAAAGAUGAUCCCAAGUAUUGUCCAUACCACCGGAUGCUUAGUCACCCUCUUGAAGAUUGUGUCAUGUUCAAAGAUUGGCUUGAAAGGAACUACACCCAAGAAAGUCUUAACAUCAAGGAAAUUGACCUUCCCGAAUCAGCUAUUCAAGAAGAGGUCGAAUGUGAAGCUUUAUCAGAAAGUGAUUUCCCUCAAAUCAACUUUCAAGGAAAUCCUAUCUUGAUAGAACUUUCAGAUUCUGACUCGCUUUUGGGAAAUGUUGAUCGAACGCCUAUGGUGUGCAUAGACACUGCUCUAGUUUGCCCUCCCGAUGAUAUCGAGCAGGUGCAACUCCGUGGAGGUGAGGCAUUAUACUUCAAAGUGGUUCCUGGAGUUACCAUUUCAGAUGAAGAUUUGCUCUUGAGAACUGCUGAUCAUAAUCGUCCCCUUUACAUUACUAUAGAUGUGGGAAAUUUUAAGUUAUCUAGAGUCCUUGUUGAUCCAGGUGCAUCGGUCAACAUAAUGAACAUAAAGACCCUCGCAUACCUCAGAGUUGAUACUAGCAAGCUCUCAACCGAUAGGUUGGUGCUUCGUGGGUUUAAUGAAAAGGGAAAGAUGGCUUUAGGUUCAAUCACUUUGCUCUUACAAAUAAAAGACUUGAAAACUGAAGCUAAGUUUCAUAUAAUUGAUUCGGCGACGUCCUUUAAUGCCCUUUUAGGUAGACCUUGGAUUCAUGAAUAUAGAAUGGUUCCAUCUACCCUUCACCAAUGCUUCAAGUACCAACGAGAUGGCAUUGAACACGUGAUUAAGGGUGAUCUGCAAUCAUUUUUGAUUCAAGAAAUCGGGAUCUAUGAAGAUGCUACAUAUUUUGUUCCAAAAGGGUCCUCGUCCCGCUCUAAGUUAGAGAUCAAAAUUGAGGAGAAGUUGGUUGGACAAAAGUUCAAUCAAGAGAAAAAAAAAAGAAAAGUUUGUUGA